UUGUGCCCAUGUGUGCAGUUUUGAUCUUCCUCGAGAAUGUUUGAGCCAGAACGCCACUUGCUUUAUUUUUCUUUAAACUGAAAUCAAGGCAAAGAAAACAGGAGAAAAACAAAACUAUUUUAUACGGAAGACUGUAUUAUUAGAAAUUUCCAAAUUUGGAACUGGCAUGGGAGAAUCGAACCGGAAGCAAGGACCAAUCACACUCCACUUUCGAACCAGCUGUAAACAAUCAUACUGUCGAAACUUAAAAAGUUCCUUGAAUUUUGUUUCAUCACCUGUUAGCUAAGGUUCAGAUGGUCUUUUUAUUUCGCUUUUGGCAAAAUGCGAAUUUUUGCUGCUUCGGUUUUACUUAUGGCCAUUUUCGUCACAAUCGAUGCUGACAUUGAUGAAGAGGAAGCAGCAUUGCCUACAAAAUGCCACGUUUGUAAACAUCUGGUACAAGAACUGCAGGAUGAGCUUGAACGGUCUGGCAAGUCCAAAGAAGUCUUCAGAAUAGGGCAGAUAUUUCAGGAGCAGCCUAAGGAAGUAAACUACCAGUAUUCUGAAGUGCGUCUCAAUGAAGCUCUGGAAAAUGCCUGCUCUAAUGUUUUAGACUAUAAAGUGCAUAAGGACAAAGUGAAGGCUUUGAGAUAUGAAAAAAAGGAAAGUGUAACUUUCAACACCCUCAAGGGACUCAAGAAUCGAGGAGUCAAGGUGGAGCUUGGAUUUCCCUAUGAGAUGUGGGAUACACCUGAUGCCGAAGUAACUAGGCUGAAGAGCAGGUGUGAAUUAAUGGUGGAGACGUAUGAAGAUGACUUAACCCAAUGGUAUUGGCAUCACCAGAAGGAAAACCUGACCAACUGGUUAUGUAUUGAGAGAGUACUGGACCCUGGGGAGGAAGAGUGUUUCAAUGAAACUGAAGCAGAAAAGAAAGAUGAUCAGAAAGACAGUGAAGGGAAAGAAGAGAAGGAGAAAGAGGAUGAAGUGAAAAAUAACGAUGCAAAUGAAGACAGAGGAAAGAAAAAAGCCGGCAAAGGAGGAAAGUCCAAGGAAAAAAAGAAAACAAAGGGAAAGGGGAAAGAAAAAAACAAAGGCGGAAAGACACUAUCUGGCAAAUCCAAGAGGUCUUCGCAGGCUGAAGAAGGCGAUUCGGAGAAAAUUCAGCGCCUCAUUAGGGAACAAGCCCAAGACCAAGAGGAACACCGGAAGAAACGUGGUAAGACGAGACAAUUUGUUGGCGGUAAAAUGGACGAACAAAAACGACGAGAGUUCCAGAUCAGGCUCCGAGACAUUCAUGAUGUCGACCGUCUCCGACGCGAACUUCGGAGGAUUCGGCAGCGAGAAAUGACUGAAGAUGAUUACACUGAAAGAGAACCUUGGGAACGUCAUAUGGACUCGAGCAUUCCCGAAGAAGUCCGACGUGACAUGCGACGACAUCGGUUUGAGCGAAUGAACGAUCCCCAAGAUCUGAGGAGAGAAUUACGCAUGCGAGCCAUGGACCUCGACGAUGACCAUUUCUUCGAAGAGUACUCCUUCGCUUUUCGUGAAUUGAGCCACCGUUAUAUGAUAGAAGCAGAAGAAAUUCGCGAUCCUUUGGAGCUGAAAAAACGUAUCGACGAUCUAUACGCGCUGUCGGCGAUAUUUUCCAGCGGUUACGAGGGCGGCCGAAGACGAGGGCGUCACGGUCGGCGCUCACGGAAAGACGAAUUGUGAAGAGUAGAAGCGCAGCUGGCCACAGGAGGUGUUUUAUCUUUAGCAGCCCCACAUGAAAUAGUGACACAGGAACCCUAUCGAGUGGAGAACGAAACAAACUGGUUUUCAGGGAUCCUAAAUAUUAAUUUGCCCUAAAUUUAUGAAUUUCAAUCGGUAUAAUGUUAUUUAGCGUGCAGGUCCACAUCAGGACUUAUUGUCUUACCUAUUUUAUUAACCUGCCUUACCAAACAGACUUGUUGUUGUUGUUGUUUCCUUCGUAGACGGAGAGUAAUUUUUCUUUAUUGAUAGACGGGAUUACAUUGAUUUCGUUUCACAACGCUCUGUUUGUCAAUUAAUCGUGCGCCACGUACUAACGUAUCUCAAAAAAUCACGUGCAGAGAUGUUAGAGGAGAAGAGAUUUGACCGAUAACUACGGUUUGUUUUGUACCCAGGUUUUUCGCUUUUCGUGAAACGCGUAGCGCAAGGUCUCAUGGUCCAGUCGCUCUCGGGAGUGACUAAGCUAUCUUACCAUCGUGCAUUGUUCACCGCGUUUCCCGCCACUCGCCGCAAUAUGCAAUAAGGUCUGGUGGCUAGACAGCAAACUUGCCUUCUUAUCUGUUCCCAUGACGACAUGUUACUUGGCAAAUAUUUAAGUUAAUUCUUGGUUCUUCUCACAAAUUGACUUUUUGGCAGGUGUUUUUGAUGGCUUAUUUGUUCAGGGGCUGCCGAUGAUUAGAACAUUAAGGGCCUGGAACGAGAGUAGGAACAUAAUCAAAGGACAUUCGAGAUGCACAUAUCUUUCAUGGUGGAAAACAAGCUGUAAUUUGCUCUCUUUUGUAGGCUUUUCUCACACUUGCAACGCAAUAUGUAUGUAGAUUUAAUUAACACAAAUAUAAAUUCCAGCGCGACGUAAGAAACCGAAACAUUUUCGUUUUCUUGCGACUACCUCCUGUGCUAUUGUUUGUAUUUGGUUAAUUUGUGUGAGCCAGUCAUUACGAGCACGAAAAACUUAAAAAAAUUUAGGGCUUUUGAUAAUAGUAAGAUAAAAGUUUAAGUGUAUGAGCAGAAACAAGUGACUUGUUUCUGUUCCCAUACAUAUCUAGCUGUCAACAAUUUGCUGAAAGACGAGCUGCUUUUAGGUUAUUUAUUCAAAUUUCCAUGCUGGAGAAAUAAAGAAUAAUUUUGAAAACUGA